AGCCGCCAGGUUCCCGCCAGCCUUCCCCGCGCAGCCCAGGCCGUGCCGCGGUUCGGGAGAGUGGCCCUGUGGCUCCAGCCAGCCCCCAUCCGCCCUCCGCCGGGCGCUCCCUGCCAGCACCCCGUCGGGGCCGGAGCACGCGGCUGAGGCGGCGGCCCGCAACUAGCGGUCGUCUGAGGAAGAAGCGGCGGGGCAGAGGCCCAGGGAGCCCACCCCGCUAGCGGGACGCCGAGGCCGGCCAGAGGAGCCCGGCCGCGUCCCGGGAUGGGCCCCCCGGCGCCGAGCGGCUCCCCCCGCCGGCUCCCGCCGCCGCCGAGCCGCGCAGGCCCCGCCCGGGCGCCCCGCCGGGGGCGGCCCCCCGCUCCUCAGUGGCCGUCGCGGCCGUCGCUCAGGCGCCCGCGCCGCUCGUCGCGGGGAUGGUGGGGCGGGCGCCGAGGGGCGCGGGCAGCCGCGGCCACGCAGCGCCCACAGCCCGGACGGCGCCCGGUGCGGCAGCGCGGCGAGCCACGGCCGGCCAGCAUAAAUAUGGCUGAACUUUCAGAGCCAGAAGGUACUGUAAACUGGAAGGAAAGAUGUUUAACGCUGGAGUCACAGUUAAUGAAAUUUCGUCUCCAGGCAAGCAAGAUCAGAGAAUUGUUAGCAGAAAAGAUGCAGCAGCUUGAGAAACAAGUUAUAGAUGCUGAUCGUCAAGCAGAGAGAGCUUUUCAGCAGGUGCAGGUCAUGGAAGAAAAAUUAAAAGCAGCUAAUGUUCAAACAAGCGAAUCAGAAACCAGGUUGUAUAAGAGAUGUCAAGAUCUGGAGAUCCUGAUACAAGAUAAAAAUGACAGAAUACAAAAAUUGGAGCAACAACUUGAAGAACAGAAGCAAAUAAGACUGCAAGAAGCAAAAAUCAUAGAAGAAAAAGCAGCUAAAAUAAAAGAAUGGGUGACAGUCAAGCUCCAUGAGUUAGAGGUGGAAAAUCAGAACCUUCGCUUGAUCAACCAAAAGCAAACCAAAGAGAUGAAAACAGUACAAUCUAAACUGCAAGAAGCUACGGGCAAGAAAUCUGCUACUUCAACACAAAAACCUGGAGAGUGUCAGCGACUAAGCAGUUUGACUUUUGGAUGCUUUUCAAACAGAGCAAGAAGUCCUCAACCAUCUCCCAAAUUUGAAGAAAUAAGCAAGUCUUCACCUAAAGAGUCAGACUACACUGAAGGCAAAAACAUGCUAGAGAAGGAUAUCCUGGAAACUACUUUUGCUGGUCCUACACAUGAGAGCAAUAAAGGUCAGAAGUCAUUGCUACAAAGUUCCUCUGGAUCAGAGCAGAACAAAAAUGUGAGAACGAGCUGUUCAUCCAAAGACAUAGACAGUGACAUGUCAAAGAACUCCUGCACUACCGGGAGUGACUGGAGCUCAGACGAGGAUGCAGGAGACAAUAAAGGACUGAAAUCUAGGUGUGCAUCAACUCUCUCAAGCCACACAUCUGAAGAGAACGCAAGGUGCAGUAGAAUGGGCAGUGAAAUGUGUUUGACAGCAUCUGAUGACAGUAGUUCUCUAUUUGAAGAAGAGAGUUUUGGUGUUCAGAGGACUCAGCACAAGAAGUUAUACUCCUGGCAGCAAGGGGCCCAAAGAAAAGGCCAGAGCAAUCCAGGUGGAAAGUCCAACUCUGAUUUCGCAAGUAAAAAGAAAGACCAAGAUAGUUCUUCAGAUGAACUGAAUAAGAAAUUUCAAUCUCAGAGUCUAGAUUAUUCAUCCUCAUCCAGUGAGGCAAAUACCCCAAGUCCAAUUUUAACCCCUGCUCUGACACCCAAAUACCCAAUCCUAGCAACUUCUGCAGGUUCUCAAUGCACAACGCCAUCAGAUUCUCCCUCAAAUUUGCCACCUCCAAAGUUACGGACUCCUAAUGUGUUUAGUAUAAAUUCAGCAUUAGUAAAGAAACAUCUAAGCCAGCCCCAGCUGAGUUCUGACAGAAUGUUUGGCAGAAAUAGAAAUGCCAUAAGCAUGAUACGUCCAUGGAGACCUCAGGAAACAGACAUUGAUCUGGUGGAUGGAGAAGAAACUGAUAUUUUAGAGAAAAUGGAGAUUGGCUGUGAUGAAGGAGUGUUUACCUAUGACUGCACUGAAGCACAAAAUGCUGAAGCCCAGGAACCUGGUGAUACGACAAAAAAGGGUGCUAACAACAAACCUCCAACCCCUCCAUUACAUCGAUUUCCUUCCUGGGAAAGCAGAAUUUAUGCUGUAGCCAAAUCUGGUUUAAGGAUGUCUGAAGCUUUCACCAUGGAAUCUCUUAACAAAAGUGCUGUUUCACUAACGUCAUACUCCAUAUCCGGAUUAUAUACAUCUCUGAUAUAUAAGAACAUGACCACUCCUGUCUAUACCACUUUGAAAGGGAAAGCAACUCAAAUAAGCAACAGCCCAUUUAUAGAUGAGUCGUCAGGAUCUGAGGAAGAAGACAGCUCUUGGUCCAGCUCAAGGACUACUGAGUCUGAUUCUCGAAGCAAAAGUAGUCCGGGUAGUCCUCGGGCUAUGAAACGAGGGGUGUCUCUGUCUUCUGUGACUUCAGAAAGUGACUAUGCUAUUCCUCCAGAUGCAUAUUCAGUAGAUACAGACUAUUCAGAGCCAGAGCAGAAACUUCCAAAGACCUCUUCCUCAUCUAGUGAUAACGGAAAAAAUGAACCUUUGGAAAAAUCUGGAUAUCUGUUAAAAAUGGGUGGUAAAGUAAAGACCUGGAAACGACGGUGGUUUGUGCUUAAAGGAGGCGAAUUACUAUAUUACAAAUCUCCAAGUGAUGUCAUUCGAAAACCUCAAGGUCAAAUUGAGCUAAAUGCAUCUAGCCACAUUGAAAGGGGUGAUGGAAAACAAACAAUUCAGCUGACCACAGAAAAACGAACAUACUACCUAACUGCGGAUUCUCCCAACAUCUUAGAAGAAUGGAUCAAAGUACUACAGAAUGUUCUUAAAAUACAGGCAGCCAGCCCACUUUUCAUACAGCCUGAAAUCAAGCCAACCAUGAAAGGAUUACUUACAAAGGUGAAACAUGGAUAUUCCAAACGUGUUUGGUGUACCCUAGUUGGAAAAAUUCUGUAUUAUUUCCGUAAUCAAGAAGACAAGUUUCCUCUUGGUCAAAUCAAGCUUUUUGAGGCAAAGGUUGAAGAAGUUGAUAGAUCAUGUGAUUCUGAUGAAGAUUACGAGGCUAGUGGUCGCAGUUUAUUAUCAACACAUUACACUGUUGUUAUCCACCCUAAAGACCAAGGACCCACUUAUCUUCUUAUAGGAUCCAAACAUGAGAAGGACACGUGGCUUUAUCAUUUGACAGUUGCAGCUGGAAGUACCAGUGUAAACGUUGGAUCUGAGUUUGAACAACUUAUUUGCAAACUGUUAAAUACGGAAGGUGAUACCACUUCUCAGAUUUGGAGACAUCCUACCCUUUGCCACAGCAAAGAAGGAAUUGCUUCCCCUCUUACAACAUUGCCAUCAGAAGCCUUGCAAACUGAAGCAAUUAAAUUAUUUAAGACGUGCCAGUUGUUUAUAAAUGCUGCAGUUGACUCUCCUGCCAUUGAUUACCACGUAUCUUUGGCCCAAAGUGCUUUGCAGAUCUGCCUCACACAUCCUGAACUUCAAAAUGAGAUCUGUUGUCAGCUUAUUAAACAGACUAGACGUCGACAUCCACAAAACCAGGCAGGACCGAUACAGGGCUUGCAGCUCUUGGCUCUCUGCGUUGGACUCUUUCUGCCCCAGCAUCCAUUCCUUUGGCUUCUUAAACUUCACUUAAAGAAGAAUGCAGAUUCCAGGACUGAAUUUGGGAAAUAUGCAAUAUAUUGUCAGCGAUGUGUAGAGCGUACCCAGCAGAACGGAGACCGAGAAGCCAGACCUUCCAGAAUGGAAAUCCUUUCCACUCUUCUAAGAAAUCCCUACCACCAUUCGCUGCCCUUCAGUAUUCCAGUUCAUUUCAUGAAUGGCAUAUAUCAGGUUGUUGGGUUUGAUGCCUCUACCACAGUGGAGGAAUUUCUGAACACCCUGAACCAGGAUACAGGAAUGAGGAAACCAGCUCAGUCAGGAUUUGCACUGUUUUCUGAUGAUCCCUCUGGCAAGGAUAUAGAGCACUGUCUUCAAGGAAACAUCAAGAUCUGUGACAUUAUUUCAAAAUGGGAGCAAGCCUCCAAAGAACAACACCCUGGGAAAUGUGAAGGCACAAGGACUGUCCGGCUUACUUACAAAAAUAGGCUUUAUUUUUCAGUUCAAGUCCAUGGGGAGACAGACAGAGAGAAGCUGCUUCUAGUAUAUCAGACAAAUGAUCAAAUAGUCAAUGGACUUUUCCCCGUAAACAAAGAACUAGCAAUGGAAUUGACAGCUCUUUUAGCUCAGACAUUAAAGGCGCAAGGGAAGGUUAUUGAGAAAGUUAUUUCAUGGCUGAUGGUGUUACUCAAUAAAUCUAAACUGGUUUGUGUCAGCUGGAGAUCUAGCAAUCUCAGAGCAGAAGUAGUAGAGAUUGGAGAUUUUGAACGGCCUUUCUCAACUCCAGCAGGGCAAGUCACUUCCCAGUCCAAGUCCAAUCAAACAUUGAAACAAGUUUUGGAAAGAUUCUACCCUAAGAGAUACAGGCAUGGUUGUUCAGAGGAACAAUUAAGACAGCUUUGUCAGCGAUUGUCUACAAGAUGGAUGGCUCUCCGGGGGCACAGUGCUGCAGACUGUGUGCGCAUUUAUCUCACUGUAGCCAGAAAAUGGUCUUUCUUUGGUGCUAAACUGUUUGCAGCAAAACUUCUAGCUACAUCCUCAGUUGAGAAGUCCAUAUGGUUUGCAGUACAUGAAGACGGCAUAAGCAUCCUAGAUUACAGCUCUAUGCGAUUAACAGUUACAUAUACAUAUAAGAGUCUGAUGACUUUCGGAGGCUAUCAAGAUGAUUUUAUGUUGGUUGUUAACAAUGCUCAGACAAAGGACAAAUCAACUGAAAAACACCUUUUUGCCAUGACAAAACCAAAGAUUCUUGAGAUCACUCUACUGAUUGCCAGCUAUAUUAACAACUUUCAUCAGCUGAAAGGAGCUGCUCAUCACCUCUCUGCUCCGGCAUUACUGACACCUCAAAGUGGACAGAAACUCAAGGAAAUGGGGAGUCAGCCACUUCUUGCAAACAACAGACCAACUAAAUGUCCCACUUUGUUAUGAAAGGAUUAUGUAUGGUGAUAAUGCAUCUUUGGUACAGGGUUUCUACACCAAUUGAAAACUUUUUGAUGUACAAGACAUAGAGGAUAAGCAGGUCCAUAAACAAAAGAAAGGCAGACAGGUUUACAUUCAUUUCAAUGGUAUAUAACAGGAGGAGUCCUUUAAUUAAAGCCCUGGCCUGAACUGGAAUGAUGAUAAGCCAAUUUAAGGAUUAUGUUUUACUGUGGGUGGCUUGUCCUUACAACUCAAAAACUAAUCUGUCUGUUGAUAGUGAUGGGGAAAGGUGGCCUUGGGAACAAUUGUAUAGGUUUUAGUAGGUUUCCAGAUACUUACUCAGGGACCAAACUGUCUUCAACUCUUCAUCUCUAUUUUUCAAAAUUAUACAAUUGUAUAACUUUCAUUUUGAAAAGGAAUUUUUGUUUAAAAAAACAGUCAAAUACAAAAUAUUUUUCACUUCCAGCACCCCUCCCUAUUUGCAAAAUGAGCAGCAUGGGACUAAAAAGAAGGAAUUGUUUGAUUUGUAUGAUUGUUUCUUCUUUAAAAAAAAUGCAUAAGCACAUCAUGUAACUAUUAUAAAUUUAAAGAGUAUUCUCAUGAUACACUGUAGCCUUUGUUAUACAACUAUUUUACUUGGCAAAUCUUCAGCCUUGGUCUGGUAAAUUUCUAAAUAAUCCCUCUCUGCCCCAGCCUUUUGGAAGAAUCUAAAUUGGACAGGCACUGUAUCAAGUAUAGUUUUGUUAAACAAGAUCCCGUACCUAAUUUCUUCUUUAAUCCAUAAUAAUAAUAUAAUACAGAUGCAAGAAUAACUCAGAAUUCAAAACGCAAGAAUAACACAGAAAGCCAUUGCUUGAACUAUUGUGAGUAAACUUGGAGACAUAUGUGACAUAUGAAAUCCAUGUAUAAUGUGUAUAAUGUAUAUACAUUGAUUCAGAAUAAUAUUUUGUUAAAGUUGUACUUCUUGUUUUUCAGUUGUAUAUAUACAUUUCAUAUUAUAAUACUAACAUAAUGUUCUCGCACACUGAAGACCUAAUGCUGCAUUUGCACUGUCGGACCUAGGAGCACUUUCCUUUCUCAGCUGCAAGCCUCGGUGCUACCUAGGGUCAAAUAUAUAGAAAUUACACCCAUUUUUUCUUCCAGACCUCACCUCACGGAAACCUUUGUUGCCAUGCAAAGAAACCACUUCUGCAGCCUCUGAAAUGGAUCAGCAGCGUAUAAUAGAGAAUUUCGAUCCAAGCAUAGAGAAGGUAGUCAAACAUAAAUCAGUGAUUUGUAUACAUUUCACAAUUUCCACUUCUGCUCAUGCUAAUGAUCAUGGAUCAUUAAUCACUUACUGCUAGCCCUCACUGUUCUGUUUUGGUUUUUAAUUACUUAAAACUGAAGUAAUUUCACAAUGAUGAAUUUUGAUAUUUGAAGGUUGGAUAUCUUCUUUGUUUUAUGCCAUUUCAAUAUUUCAGAUAUAGACAUACUCGAGAGAAAAAAAAAUUUCAGCUGUUUGCCCUCUAUGAAAGCUAGGGAGUAUCCCUCUGAAGAAUUGGAAUAGACUGGAAGGGAGAUACAGGUUGUGAAAAGAACAUACUCUUAAAAAGUGGAAAGACAAACUGGCAUGCUGACUUGAUAAAUACAUUUCUUCUGCAAGCUCUCAAAGUCCUGCCACGGCUACGGUCUGCACCCAGACAGUGCCCCAGCCUGAGUCUGCAGGACUCAAGCACCAUUUUAUGAAUGGUACUAUGGGCCAAUGCUUUGUCUUGAAAAUUACAAGCAAGUAACAAACAUGCUAUAUCUAGCUGUUUUCACAUUUGCAAUGCAGGAAGAGCUUCCUGGUAACUGUCACCCUUUGGUGGUGGCCGUAGAACCUUCUCUUUCAAGGAGGCAGGGCCAGCAGCAGGAGGUUUAGCUCCUAGUGGGUGGCCCAUCUCCUGACAUCAAGGAAAAUAUACUGGAAGUCAUGAGAGACCUUGGCACCAACGGCAGCAUCUUUUUGUGCAGCACCCCAUGCAAAGUGAUGCAGAUACUGUGGUGAAAUUGAGUUAGGAAUUAACAUCUCUUUGCGAUCAGCAGAAUAGUUAACUUUCAGAGAUUUGAGGGGGGCAGGGUAGCUGCAAAUUCAGACAGAUGCUACUGCAUCAGUUAUACUCAGGUUGUAGUCUAAAGCUUCUCAAAUACGAUUAGAAACCUCAAUUUACAAAACCAAAAAUCUUCAUGUCAUUGUGAAAUGAUAACUGUCAACCUAGACUACUCCAACUAGUAAUUCUUUCCUAAUUGUCCAGUUUUAAAUGAAUGUGGCAGAUCAGGUUCUAUUAGAAGGCAAGAAAAAGUGGAGCAUUUUGCUAGUGAGCUUGUUCAUGUAGUUUUUAAGAUCUUUGUUAAAUUUGGAGACAACAUGAUACACAAUACAAACAGCUGAUGUGCCGAUUUUGAAUCUUUUAAACAGUUUUCAUUAGCGCAGCCUUACAAACAGAUGUUUCAUAAAGCAGUAUACAAUCUAUGGAAUAUGACCUUCCUGCCUGCCUUUGGGUGGGUAACUCUAGACAUGGCUUUGCUUUUUAGUGUUAAGCUCUUGCUGUUGGAGUAUAUCCCUGCAUCAUAGUGCCAGAAGCAAUCCAUGCCUUAGUUUCCCUUUUUCUGGCAGCACUUUCCAGACUUACUACCACUAACUGCUCAUUAUAGGUCACUAUUAAUCCCGUAUAGUCACCAGAAAUGCCAUGUUAAUUUUUAAGAAAUAAAUGCACUCAGAAUCACAGUUACCGUGACAACACUGCACUAAACAAUGAAGUUUCUUUCAGGAUUUUGAUUAGCAAGAGUGAGGUUUCUGUAGUAUGAUAGUAACCUCCUCAAGCAGACACUUCCCUUCAAGUUAAGUCAGCAAGUGAAGUCUCCUACACAUGCAAGCACACGUCAACAGCUCAGCUUACAAACACAGCUGUGCAAGUCUCAGGGGGACUCGCUCCAUGUUAAUCUAGCUCUAGAGCUACUUAGAGGAUACCACACAAUGUAAGACAGCAAAGCUGAAAAUUUCAGUGUCUGGGGAGAUAGCCUGUUCUGCCUUCCCCCUCCAGCCCAAGCCUUAUGAGUGAUCCACACCUCGGUCUUAACCUUGAGUCAUCCACCAAAUCAAUUCAUACCAUGCUACCUAAUCCAUGACUAAAGCCCAGGUAGGAACUAAGACCUUUCUCACCUAAUCUUCAGCAGCCGUGAUACGAUGGAAGCUGUCAAAUGAGCAGUGACCUCUGGGACUGAUGCUGAAGAACUUCUCAUGCUCAAGGCUUGCAGAACCUAGGCUGUAAAAAUAUUCUCAGGAUGAGAUCAAUGUGUUAGCACAUACAAGGAGACCUCACCUUCUGUAAAGAAUUUCAGAACAUCUUUUGUGCUUGCUUUGAGCUAGCAGUCGGUAACAAUGAUCAGCUUAAAUGGGCAAUGAAUCUGAGCUUGACAAUGACUGAAAGAUCACUGGUAACUCUCUGUAUAACCAUUUAAGCAUUGACUUGAAAAUACUAUUUGGAAUGCAAUGUAAAUUAAUAUAUUACUUGAACCUCACUUUGCCUUGUCAAUUUU